GGCAACUUCCGGAUGCUGGGACUCCGCCCCCUGGAUCCCGGAAGUAGAAGGUCCUAGCGUUGCCAUGGCGGCGUCUCUGGGGCAGGUCCUUGCGCUGAUGCUGGUGGCCGCCCUGUGGGGUGGCACGCAGCCGCUGUUGAAGCGGGCCUCCGCAGGCCUGCAGCAAGUGCAUGAGCAGACGUGGGCCCGGCAGCUGUUGCAGGAGAUGAAGACUCUCUUCUUGAAUACUGAGUACCUGAUGCCCUUUCUCCUCAACCAAAGUGGCUCCCUUGUCUACUACUUGACCUUGGCAUCCACAGAUCUGACUUUAGCUGUGCCUAUCUGUAAUUCUCUGGCCAUCGUAUUCACCCUGAUUGUCGGCAAGGUCCUUGGAGAAGAUGUUGGUGGAAAACAAGCGGUGGCUGGCAUGGUCCUCACCAUCAUAGGGAUCACACUUUGCAUCACAAGCUCAGUGACCAAGACCCAAGACCAGCUGUCAUCCUCUUGAGUGGGCCAACCCCGACCUUCAGUUCGGCUGUGCUUAGCAGACCCGGCACUGAGGUGCAGGCAGUGACACACCAGCUUGCCUCUCUGAGCUUAGCUACCUCAUCUCUUCGAUCAUGUCUACCUCAGGGUCACAAUAAUAAUAGCAUAGUUGCUCGGCA